UGUGCAGAGUUGAAAGACAAGCUGAUGAAGGAAUUCAGGUUCUAGAUUCAGGAUAAUACCUCUCUAGGUGCGGACGCUCAAAGCAGAAUAAUUUUGUUCAACCAGCUCUACGGGAGAAGCAGUUUGCCCUUCUAAGCAACAGAAGAUAAAAACAACAACCACUGAAGGACUUAAUAUAAGAUCCAAGGGGAUUUAUAUCAGGAGAGAAAACUGAAGACAACUUCCAGGAUACCCAAAGACAUUUUGAAGGUUUGAUAACUUUCUUCAUCCGGCAUCAAAAUGAGCUGGAGCUUCUUCACUCGUCUGCUGGAGGAGAUGUCCAAUCACUCCACCUUCGUGGGCAAGAUCUGGCUCACCUUCCUCAUUGUCUUCCGGAUUGUGCUGACGGUAGUCGGCUGCGAGUCCGUCUACAAUGAUGAACAGAGUAACUUUGUGUGCAACACACAGACACCUGGCUGUGUGAACGUUUGCUACGAUGCGUUUGCGCCUCUCUCGCACAUUCGCUUCUGGGUGUUCCAGGUGAUCAUGAUCACCACGCCCACCAUCAUGUACCUUGGGUUUGCCAUGCACAAGAUCGCCCGCAUGAACGACAACGACUACAAGACCCGGGAGAAGAAGAGGUUAUCGAAAGGGAACCGGUUGGCCAACAGGGACUACAAAGAAGCGGAGGAUAGUGGGGAGAAAGAUCCCAUGAUCCUGAAGAUUGAGCCAGAUGAGGAGAAGGAAAUUUCAAACAAUCAGAGAGACAAGCAUGAUGGCCGGCGUCGUAUCAAGAGAGAUGGGCUCAUGAAGGUCUACGUCUUCCAGCUACUAUCACGAGCUGUCUUUGAGGCGUUGUUUCUCUUCGGACAGUAUUUCUUCUACGGCCUGGAGGUGGCACGGUCCUAUGUGUGCACAAGCUCCCCUUGCUUACACAUGGUGGACUGCUUUGUAUCACGUCCCACUGAGAAAACCGUCUUCCUGCGCAUCAUGUAUGCCGUCAGCGCUUUGUGCCUACUCCUCACCUUGCUGGAGAUCCUUCAUCUUGGCAUCGGCGGGAUUCGGGACUCUGUCUGCAGGUCACAAUCUCGCUCUUCUGCUCCUCGCAACCCAUGCGUGGCCAGACGAAGACCAUUGAUCCGCCGCCAGGCCUCGGCGCCUCCAGGUUACCACACUGUUUCGAAGAAGGACCCAUCAAGAAAAGUGGACUUCCAGGAUUACCUGGGAGACUCGGGCCGUGAGUCCUUUGAGUCCUUUGAAGCGUUGUCUCGGGACAAGGAGAAGCGCAGACACUCGAAACGGCCUCAGCAGCACCCAGGCUUGGCAUACAAGACCAGUGAAUGCCCGCCCCGCAGCAGCAGUCCAGAGUCGAACGGCACUGCGGUAGAGCAGAAUAGACUAAACUUAGCCCAGGAGAAGCAGAACAGCACCAGUGACAAAGGUCUGCGUGCAUGAGCUGUGACAAACAGUGAGAGCAAAAAGGGAAACAGCUGACUUGCUUGAGGUGGAUGCAGAGCCCAGGCCUCCCAGUGUUACAUCCCGCUGUGGCGUUGUCUCAGCACAGCAGAACUCCCCACGACAGACCCAAAGUGCUUUUUAACUGCCAUUGCGCAACAAAUGUUGCAAAGGUUGAGAUGUACAUCUCCCUCAGGGCAGCUAACUUUUAGAUACUAUAUGGAUAUUUUAUUAUGAAGUCGGGAGCUUUUUGUCAUUUCUAUAAUUUUCUUUAUAAUUAUUAUUGUUAUGAAGACUGUACAGGAUGUUGAUCCUCACUCAAGGGCUUCUCUCAAGUGUCCCCUUUUCUUUUUCUCUUUAAUGUCAGUGUCAGUCCUGAACCAGUUGCUUUUCCAAUCCUUGAACCCGUGGCCUGUACGGCGAAGCCAGUUUUAGGCCAUCUUUGAAACAUUUCUACUUAUAAUUUCUUUACUUUUACUUUGGAUCAAAGUGAGACUUCUGAACAAAUGAAACUCCUUCCUUCUGCAAGUUUCCUGGGUUCCUGUGCUGUCUGGAAUUAUAUUUCAGUAUUUUCUGUAUUAGUGUGAAAACGUAAAUGGGAGUUUGGGGGGGAAAAAAAUCGUAUUUUCAGAUUUUAUCUGCUGUCCUGAAUUGUCUAAAUGUUUCACAAUGCCUUUUUAUUGUUUUGUGUGCUCCCUCCCUCAUAUCCUACUUUCCCUCCUUGCUCAUUGCUUGUUCCUUCUUUCUGUCAUUGCCUCCUGGUGUCCUUCACUCUUCUUGUGUCCUUUACCCUUUCUGCUGUAUCUCUGUUAUUCCUAUACUUCCUAUACUAUUAAGUUUUUUGCACCCUCUAUUCUUCCUUGCUUCCUUUCUGUUCCAGUAUGCCUUGUUGCAGGCUACGGAGUUAAAAACCUUCCCAGGUAAAGAGCUGAGGCGUCUGUUAAGGAGGUACGGGUAGGAGGCUCUGGAUUUGCAUGGUUCCUUUGGGGUUUGGGUUUUUAUGAGAAGGAUCUACUGUGCAUCCAUAUCAGGAACUGGUCCCACAGCUUGUCUUUCUGAGUCCCUCCUCCUCAGCUCGGAGCUGUUUUUGCUGUGCUGCUCUCUAUAAUCUGUCAGCGAUGAACCUUCUUUGCCGUAAAGGCCUCUGACUGGAACACUUGAGGUGCUUUUGUCCAAAGGAACAAACAAACCUGGGUAAUGCUUGAAAUGGGAGAACCAAGUAACUCUUGAUAAUGGCCAUGUGUUUUGUUUUUUUUAAAUGUUUUGUAUUCUGAGUAUUGUUGUUAGGAUCCUCUAUUUUAAAGGAAUGAUGUUCACUGCUGUCUCUGCUCUCUUCAACUACAUUCUGAGAGUGAACCAACUCAAAAGCUGCUUGGUACUGUUUCAAAGUUAAAAAUGCAGCGGUUUAUGGGGGUUUAGUUCCACCCACUCGGUCAACCUGUUGCUUCUUUUAUUCAGUACAUGUUGUAUGUGACCAUGAAAUGUUUAUCAUAUUUUUCGGACUAUAAGUCGCUCUGGAAUAUAAAUCGCAUCAGUCAAAAAUGCAUCAUCAAGAGGAAAAAAACAUAAGUCGCACCGGACUGUAGGCAUUUAUUUAGAAAAUUUUUUCACACAAUCUAAGACUAAAAAUUCACAUUUAAUUCAGUAAACCAAUUUAUCAAAUUAUACAGCUGCAUCCACAACUGGCUGAAUAACAUGGAACAUACCUGGGAGGAUGAAUGAGGUAAAUUACCACAUCCAACCAGCAAAGUUUUAUCCAGUGCAUUUCAACAGCGGCCCGUUACGACCCGUUAUGCUGAAACGGCCCAUUACGCUGAAAGUUGUCAAAAUUAUGCCUAAAUUAGAUUGUGAGCGUAAUGGUGCUAUGUGCUAAGCUAACGUUGAGAGCAACAUAAAGCUCAUGCGCAUCAGCGAAGUUGUAACCUGCCUAGACAACAGAGCUGUAAGCUAGUGCUAGCUGUUGUUAGCUUCACAGACAAUCCAAUAACAGGAUUCUGCCGCAGUCCGGAUCAUUUGAGCUGCACCACACAACACUUCACUACGUCAAUGCAGAUUGAAACAAUGAAACAACAUACGUGUGUUCAGUCGUUGUUGUUUAUAAGUUAAUGUUUCAAUUAAUUUAUAAAUGGUACAGGAGCAGGAUAGUUUUCACGACCCUAGCGAGGCAUCUUGUAGCUAUAGACGGUAAUGUUUACUCCUUGGUUCAUACUGGUCAAUAUGAAUUUAAAUUUGAUAUAUAAGUCACACCUGAAUAUUGUCGCAGGAAACGACUAUGAAAAAAAGUACGACUUAUAGCCCAAUCAAACUGCUACAAUGUGAAUUAUUUUGUUCUUUAACUGUUGUAUUCAGACUCAUAACCAUAGUGCUAUUAGUACCCCAUAAAUGUAGUAAUCUCAGGUAUUUUUCAACCAACUUUUUUGUACUUUUUAUACGUUUUGUAUUGAUUAGUACUUUGUGGUUUUUAAAAUAAACU